AUGUCGACCACCACCAAGAAAACCCUCCUCCUCGGCGCCGGCUUCGUCUGCGAGCCCGUCAUCCAAGCCCUCUCUGAAGCAGGCGUUCACGUCACUGUCGCCUGUCGCACUCUGCAGAGUGCUCAGACUCUAGCCAGCAACUACAAAAACACAACAGCCAUCGCCAUCGACGUUUCCCGCGACGCUGCGGGCCUGAACGACGCCAUCACCAACACAGACAUCAUCAUCUCCCUCAUACCCUACAUCUACCACGCCACAGUCGUGGAGGCCGCUAUCACCCAUCGCAAACCCGUCGUCACAACCAGCUACAUCUCCCCCGCACUAUGGGCGCUCGAUGAAAAAGCCAAGUCCGCAGGAGUGACAGUGCUCAACGAAAUCGGUCUAGAUCCGGGUAUCGACCACCUGUACGCUGUCAAGACAAUCGACGAGGUGCAUCGUGCGGGAGGGCAGAUUCGAUCGUUUACAAGCUGGUGUGGUGCACUUCCUGCUCCUGACAAUGCGGAUAACCCGCUGGGGUAUAAGUUCUCGUGGAGUCCGCGGGGUGGUCUUCUUGCAUUGUUGAAUUCGGCACAGUGGUACAAGAAUGGGGAGCUGGCUACGGUGGAAGGGAAGGACUUGAUGGCUGCUUCAGAGCCACAGAGUAUAGUUGAUGGCUUUGAUAACCUGGUUGGGUUUCCGAAUCGGGACGCGGUUGGGUUUCGUGAAUUUUAUCGUAUUCCUGAGGCGGGGACUGUAUUCCGCGGGACUCUGCGCUAUGCCGGGUUUCCAGAGAUUAUUCGUGCCUUGGUGGCUAUUGGGUACUUCUCGCAGGAUGAAAUUCCUGCGUUGAGCGUGACAUCGUCCGCCGCUGUUACUUGGCUGCAGUUGACUGCACAAUUGCUGGGUCUGUCGGUCGAAUCCUCCGAAGGAACGGUACAGGAUGCUGUAGCGGAGAGGGUAGCUUCUUUUCUGUCGACCGAAGAAGUCAGUCGUGUGAUCACUGGUCUUCGUUGGAUUGGCUUAUUCGAUGCGAGUGCUGUGGGUGGGCGUGGUACGCCUCUUGACACACUGUGUGCAGUAUUGGAGCGGCGGAUGGCCUACGAGCCAGGCGAGAGGGACAUGAUCAUUCUGCAACAUGCGUUUGACAUUGAAUAUGCGGGUGGGUCAAAGGAAAAGAGGACGAGCACGCUCGUUGAAUACGGAGAGCCAACUGCUCCCGGGUCGCGCAGUGCUAUGGCGAAAUUGGUGGGAUUGCCUUGUGCAGUGGGCGUACUGGCAGUGUUGGAGGGUCGGAUUUCGCAGAAGGGAAUGGUGGCACCGUGGACGACUGUAGAGAUAGCGCGUUUGCUGCGUGAGGAACUGAGUGAGCGGUUUGGAAUUGAGUUACAGGAGAGGGUUGUUGGAUAG